ACCUCACUUGCCUCUCACCCACCAUUUUCCCAAUCGCGCACAAGCACAAGAAGAAGAUUCUAACACAAGAUAGUCUUACCUGGACUAAAGUCCAACCUAUCCAGGCGCACACCACGAGGAUUUGCAUGGGCCUCAGCGCCGACCACGAGCACCCACCAUGCAGCACGUAUUCUCGCACCAGAGUCCAUACCACCAGCAACCGGACUGGCAGCAUCAUCCGCAAGCACAUCACCAAUACGCCGCGCAAUCACAAGCCGCCGCCCAGCAGCAACAACAGCAGCAGUCUCAGCAGCAACACUACGCUCGUCCCGCUCAGAACGGCGCAAGUAAUGGUGGAGGUGGAAACGGCGUCGGACAGCUAGGAGGGGAUCACAACGGUGGUGGUAUCACGAGCGCGAGCGACAACAUGAGUGAAGAGAACAGACGGGUAUUGGAGUGGAUCGCGCAGACGCUCAAUGCGAAUACGCGCGAGGCAGCGCUGUUGGAGCUGAGCAAGAAGAGAGAGCAGGUACCAGAGUUGGCGCUGAUAUUAUGGCAUUCUUUUGGCGUCAUGACGUCCCUUCUCCAGGAGAUCAUCUCGGUCUACCCGCUGCUCAAUCCGUCACAGCUGACAGCGGCGGCUUCGAAUCGGGUCUGCAAUGCUUUGGCGCUGCUCCAGUGCGUUGCUAGUCACAGCGAGACACGCGGACUGUUCCUGAAUGCACACAUCCCACUCUUCCUCUACCCGUUCCUCAACACAACCUCCAAAUCCCGACCCUUCGAAUACCUCCGCCUGACAUCCCUCGGCGUGAUUGGCGCGCUGGUCAAAAACGACAGUUCCGAUGUCAUCAACUUCCUCCUCACCACCGAGAUUAUCCCGCUCUGCCUCCGUAUCAUGGAGACUGGAUCGGAGCUGAGCAAGACGGUGGCCAUCUUCAUUGUGCAGAAGAUCCUCCUCGACGACAUGGGACUGCAGUAUAUCUGCCAGACAUACGAGCGAUUUUACGCUGUUGGUACAGUGCUGUCGAAUAUGGUGACGCAGUUGGUGGAUCAGCAGACAGUGAGAUUGCUGAAGCAUGUUGUGAGGUGCUUCUUGCGCCUCUCCGACAACGCUCGCGCCCGCGAGGCUCUCCGACAAUGCCUUCCGGAGCCACUUCGGGACGCUACUUUCUCCCCUGUUUUGCGAGACGACGCCGCAACUAAGCGCUGCUUGGCGCAGCUUCUCUUGGCCCUCUCGGAUCAGGCUGCUGAGCCUACAAUGUCUGGCGCUUCGUAUGGUCAUCACGCGCAGAGCCUUCUGCCGACGAUGUCAUGA